CUCUGAAAACACGGCUUUGUGGGGUACAGAUUAUAAUCUCUUGGAAAUUAUGAGUCAAAAACUUAAUUUUAGGUUGAAAUUUAAACAGUUCACGGCAGAAAAUUUUACUGGAGCAAAAAGCAUCGGGCUCAAAGAGAUUUCAGCAGGACGUGUUGAUAUACUUGUAGGAGGUUCAGUGGUAACAGAAUACCGAUCGAAAUUCUAUGAUUUUAUGUGGGGUUACCGAUUUGCGACCUACGUCACUUUCUUUCUCACCGAGCAUGAAUCUUCUUUGGGUAUCAGUAACAUACUCAUCAGUCAGAUAUUAAAAACACACUAUGUACCGGUUUUACUAGUAAUUACUAGUAUUAUUGCGUAUAUUUUAAAUAUAUCAACAAGAUUGUAUGGAGAUCGACAAUCUCUACAACGUGACAUAGAGGUAUCUGUCGGAAUAUUUGCCGAUCGACCACUAAGUGUACUAACAAAUUUCAAGAAAAUGCCGUAUAGAGGUAAAAUGAAGUUACUACUAGCUGCAUGGCUAAUAGCAAGUGUUACGUCGGAUGCUUACUUUAAUGCGGUUAUUAAAGCUUACCUCACUUUUGGCAAAUCAACUACUACAUAUCUUCAUGAUUUAAUAGAAAGGGGAUACUCGUUUGUACUAACUCCCAACGACUACGACUUUCUUAGUACUUACUGCCAGCAUUCCUCGGCUCUAUUCUGUCAAAAAAUUUUUAACAAUCUUCACUAUUCGGACAACGUGUGUGAAAAUUUAAUAAAACCGAGACACGCAAUUGUAAUGGACGGAAUAAUGGCACUCCUAUUUACAGCACCGAUAAUAAGGUAUCCACAAAAUCGUUCUCAUUCUACGAUUUACAAUGAUAUUUCAAAGUGCAGUUUUUAUGAAGACACAAAUAUUAGAAUUGGUAUUACUCAGUUACGAGCCGGAGAAGGAUCCAACACGUUCUUCUUUUCUAAAUCCGCACCGUUUGAACCUGCCUUUUCUGAUAUUGUCUUGCGCCUUCGGGAUAGUGGCAUUAUUGAGUAUUGGACAAGCAACGAAGCUGAACUUACUAGGAACUACCUCCAAAAUACAUUAUUUGUAUAUAAUCCAAGGGCUCUAACAUUGGAAAAAUUGAAGUUUAUAUUUUUCCUGUGGUGUCUAGGACUGCUAUUUGCAUUUCUUGUAUUUCUAGAAGAAAAUCGAAGAUAUUACGGAGUGAGGAGAAUUAGGAAACUAAUUCGAAAGAAACUUAGGACUAUAUUUAGAUAACUGUGUCAUAAAAUAUAAAUUGUCUAUGUUAAUACAAUGUUCUUCUUGU